ACUUCUUCAACUGGCGAGUAUUAGAAGAAAAGAAGUCAAUUUGUUUUGGUUGUUUGCAUCUCCAAUCCUUCUUUGUCCCCUUUAAGCUUUGCUUGCUCUGUAUUGAUUCGGUUGUGUUCAGAUUCAAGCUUCUUGAGGUCACUGCAUUGGUUUGGUCUAGUUUAGUUCAAGCAGGAAAAAAGGGCAAGUUCGGCUCAGCGCAGAGAGUAGGGAAAGUUCUUAUUCCUUUCUUCGACAUGGUAACUGAACUGGCCAGCUCACAUUCAACAAGCUGAGCCUUUCAGAACAGAAAGGGAUCUACAAAUUGGGAGUCAUGUACUUUUUUCUCCUCCCAGGCUUUCAUUGUAAUUGCCCUUCUUCCUUCUAUAUUUGCUUCUUCCCUUGAGACUGAGAAAAUUUGGGUUACGUUAUGGCAAAAAAAUCAAAGAGACAACCAGUGCAGCCUCAAAGGGACAAUGUUGGAUGUAUGUGGGGUUUGAUGAGCUUGUUUGAUUUCCGCCGAGGCCAACCAACUCAGAAAUUGCUUUCAGACAAGAGGCAUGGAAGCAAUAGGCGUACUGGUACUGGAUAUUCUAAAACUAAGCUUGUUUCACUCAGAAAUUCAAGUGAAAUUGGCACUCUUGUUGAUGAAACUAGAGAAGAUCAGGCAAGUUUGGGUUCGACUAGCGUAAAAACAUUAAUAGAAGAAGAGAUGUCUCAACUUCUCAAAAAGAACAUUUCGAGGGAUGAAACUCAGAGAGUAACAUCUAGCUUGCAAACUGAUGCGCUUGCUAGGUGCACCAAUAAGCUGAGAUGCAAAAAAUUAAAAUUAGUUUCUGAUAAUGUGGGAAACAACUUGACUGCUUCUAGCAGCUUGGCUGGGAUUCAUUCGGGAAGUAUAGAUCUAACAGAAAUAUCUUCUAGUAACUUUGACAUUCCUGCAUUUCUGUUAGAGUUAUACAGUUAUACAUGCCAACAAGCCAGUGCUGAUUCUAACUGUAAGUUUGAUUUUCUUCCUUCCUUGGAAAGUAUCUGUCUAAGGGGUCAUUACCAUCUUGGUGAGCUUGACGAUAGUCUUGAUGAAAAGAUCUCUUUAUUUCCACACACCAUAGCUGAUUUUGUUCAGAUUAUUGUUGGUCAGAAGUCAAUUGUUGAAGGACUAAACCAUGGACAAUUGGCUGUCCAGAGAAAAAAGUUAGUGGAUCAAUUAGAUGCUACAAAUUCAGAUAACGAGCUAUUCAUGAAGCUCCUCCAAGGUCCAGAUUCAUCUUUGCUUAAAUAUAUUCAAAGUCUUUAUGAUGUUCAGGUUAGGAAAACAUCCAAACUAGGAUCAGAAAGAUCCUCAGAGAACGUCACACUGUUAAUAGAGGAGAAUGAUAAUUCAGGUAAGUGCAAUGAAUCUGACAUUAAUCAAUUACUUCAAAAACAAAAGAGAUACAAUUUUUUCUUGAGAAAGGACAAGUUAAAGGGGACAAAGCAAACCAAAGAGAACCCAAGUUCCGAAGCUUUGAACAGAAUUGUUGUUCUGAGACCAAACCGAAGAACAUCAAAUUCUUCUACCAUUAUUAGUCAAACUUCUUCACUGCAGUCCCAUGAUAUACUUAAGCAUAAUGAAAAUAGUGAAAGAAUUGCAUCCAAUUUUUCCAUGAAAGAAAUUAAGAGGAGAAUCCGGCAAAUAAUCAAUGAGAAUAGAAAAGCACGACAUGUUAUUUCCAGGGAUGGUAUUCUGCACAGAAUUCCAGUUACAUCCAGUGACUAUGGUGAUUCAUCUGAACUGAUAAAUGGAGGAAGUGCAGAAACAAGCUCAUUAAAUCAUUGCCGUGUUGUUAAAAUUCUUCAUGAAUCAUUUGACCUUGACAGCAAAAGUAAGAAAAUUGUUUCAGAAGAAGAAUUCAAAUCUGAUGGCAAUAGUCAUAUUUCUCGCUUCACAGCAAGAUCUGAAUCUUUGAUGUACGAGGAAGCCAAGAAACAUCUUGCUGAGAUGCUAGACACAAGAGUUGAUAGUUUUCUGAGAAUCCAAGCUUCAAAACCUUUGGAUCCGGUACUUGCUGUUUUAGAUUUCAGUGAGCUAUCACCUGCACCCAGUCCACAAAGAUAUGAAUUUUUCAUGUCAUCUAAAGAGACAGGAGAUCCCUCAUCACAACAGUCAGAUCAAGGAGAACUGGCUGAAAGCAGUUCACUGGCAGUAACAUCUGUCAGUACAGACUUGAACAUGGAAGGAAAUACAGAGAUCAUUGAAUUAUUUGAUACUAAAAGCAUUGUGGAAUUUAACGAGUUGGCCUUACCAUUGAAGUCAAGUGGAAAUGAACUAAUCAAUGAAACAUGUGAAGAGGAAUCUAUUACAUCACCAUGCUGGGAUUCAGGUCAAGAAAAAUCACCGACAGUGGUGCAUGCCAAGCCUCGACCAAGUAACUUAAUUCGGGAAAACUUAAUGGCUCUUGAAAGCAUCAAUGAAAAGCAAGAGCAACCAAGCCCAGUAUCUGUUCUAGGAACAUUGACAUCAGAUGAUAUUAAUAGUCUUGACUCUGCUGAAAUUGAAAAAUAUUAUAAUCAAGUGGAACAUCAACAAGCUUCUCAUGAAGAAGGAAACGUCGUGAGAAUUCUAGAAUCAUCAGAUUUAAAUGACAGUAUAAGAGAUGAUCUCGAAGAUUAUGAAGCUAGGUUUGACUAUGUUAAGGCAGUCUUGGAAGCUUCUGACCUUACCAAUGAAUUCCCAAGGAAAUGGGAUAUAGAGGACCAGUUAAUCAAACCAUCUUUGUUCAACGAAAUAGGAAUCUUUUUUUGCUCCCUGAAAGAUGAUCCUAAACUUCUCUUUGACUGCAUCAAUGAAGUCCUUUUAGAGAUACAUGAAAGGUUCUUGAAAUGUUCCCCAUGGCUGUUUUUCAUCAAGAAAAACAUCCUACCAAUCCCUGUAGGUGAAAGCUUAAUCCAUGAAGUUAGUAAGGGUCUUGAGUGGCAUCUUCAACUACAUUUGCCCAACACAUUAGAUCAAAUAGUGAAAAAGGACUUGGAGGGUCGAUGUUGGAUAGAUCUCCGGUUUGAAGCUGAGAAUAUCACUGAGAAGAUCUGUGAUGCCAUCUUAGGCGAUGUAGUAAAACAAAUUGUUUGUGACUCUUGGUGUUAACCCCAAAACUUUGGAAAUCAUCAUUUCCAAGUUCACCCACUAAUACAGGACUGAACACUGACAGGGAAAGGUUGAAGAAUCCUAGGAUCAUCGAAGAGGACUCCUAUGCUUUUAUAUUAAAGACUCACAUUUAUACAGCUAAUCUUAAUUUUUGGCAAUUUUUUUUUUCCUAUUGGAAAGUGUUAUGAAGCUUGAAUGGACUUGGUGCGUAUAAUGUUAGUUUGAUAUCUUGUAUUGAAGACAAUAAUCUGAAAGAAUGUGUACAUGAAGUUGCUGCUGUGGAUCUUCCUGGUUUGAAGUGUUUUCAGGAUGCCUUUUUGAGUUAAAAGUUCAUUUUUGCAUAUCA